AUGGUGUUUUCUUACCGUCGUUUUUUUAUCCUCGUCACCAUCAGCACCGACGAGCCGAAUGCACCACUGCUCGAGAAUAGGGCUGCCCCUAACGCCCCUAAUGGCUAUGCCCCAGCUUCAGUCUCUUGCCCAGCGACCCGGCCAGCGGUCCGUACAGCCACAGGUCUUUCACCGCAGGAAACAGAAUGGCUCCCAGUACGUGGAAACAACACCAUUCCGGCGUUGAAGACUGUGCUCAGCCGGGCAAAAAUCUCCGGAUUGGACACGAACUCAUACAUCGACGGCAUCAUCAGCAACGGCAGCCAAGUGCCGCGGGUUGGCAUCGCCAUCUCUGGUGGAGGGUACCGAGCACUAAUGAACGGCGCGGGCGCAAUUGCAGCAUUCGAUAAUCGAUCUUCCAACUCGGUGGGCGAUGGUCAAUUGGGUGGCCUGCUGCAGGCCGCGACGUAUCUCAGCGGACUGUCUGGAGGGAGCUGGCUCGUCGGAAGCCUUUAUGUGCAGAACUUCACAUCGGUCGAGUCCAUCAUCUUCUCGUCCAAGGGCUUUCUGAGCGAGCUUUGGCAGUUCCAGAACUCGAUUUUGGAAGGACCAGAGGAGCUGUCUGCAACAAAAUACUACCGUGAACUACAUGAGGCUGUCACUAACAAAUCCGAUGCCGGUUUUAACACGACCAUCACGGAUUAUUGGGGCCGGGCUUUGUCGUAUCAGCUCGUCAAUGCUAGUGACGGAGGACCUAGCUACACCUUUUCAUCCAUUGCAGAUGACUCCGAAUUCGCAAAUGCCAAUGCGCCGAUGCCUCUCAUCGUUGCGGUGGAGAGGGCGUUCGGACAGCUCCUAAUCCCCUCCAACUCAACGGUCUUCGAGUUUAAUCCUUGGGAAAUGGGGUCCUACGACACAGGGACUGAGGCCUUCGCACCGCUGAAGUACAUCGGCUCAGAUUUCACAAAUGGGACUGUGCCCCGCAACAAACACUGCUUCGCUGGCUAUGACAAUGCCGGUUUCGUCAUGGGCACCUCAUCGUCACUGUUCAACCAGGCAUUCUUGCAAAUUGGCCAGGUGUCUGGUGUCCCAGACUUCCUGGUGCGGGCGAUAAACGACACACUGGCGCAGCUCGGGAACGAGAACAGAGACAUCGCGACUUGGCCAAAUCCCUUCUACAAAUACAAUCCCAGCCACAAUACGAACGCCAACAAUGCCAUUCUUACCCUCGUCGAUGGUGGCGAGGACUUGCAGAAUAUCCCUCUGCAUCCUCUCAUCCUGCCCGAGCGACGAGUCGACGUCGUCUUUGCUGUUGAUGGCUCUGCCGAUACCAAAACCUACUGGCCAAACGGCACCGCUCUCGUCGCGACCUACAAACGGUCCAAGAUUAAAACUUCGACUGACAGCUCCGACUUUCCAACGAUCCCAGACCAGAACACCUUCGUCAACUUGGGCCUAAACAUGCGACCGACAUUUUUUGGGUGCAAUGACUCUUCCUCUGGGCCGCUGAUUGUCUACCUGCCGAACGCGCCCUACUCCUCCCAUUCCAACUUCUCAACCUUCGACCUCGAGUAUAGCAUUGACGAGCGGAACCAGGUAAUCGAGAACGGAUACAAUGUUGCGACGAUGGGGAAUGGCAGUGUGGACUCCAAUUGGCCUACGUGCGUAAGCUGUGCUAUCCUGGCGCGCAGUUUCUCUCGCACAAAGACCGACGUGCCUGGGGCAUGUUCAGACUGCUUUUCCAAGUACUGCUGGAAUGGCACGACGAACUCGACCCUGCCAACUACGUACGAGCCACAGCAAAUCAUCAAGAGCAGCACGGAGAGCGGCGCGGAGAGGCCGACUGUGUGGAUGGGUGGCAUCCGAGGCUACGCCUUUGUGACUUGCGUCGUCGCGCUGCUGGCAAUAUGAGGAAAGGUAAUUGGAGAGCAAGAUCGGCGAUGCAUGUUGUCGGUGCAAAAACAUGUGAAUUUCGGAAUUGGCGGGAGGCGCUCCAAAGAGC